ACACCGACGUAUAUAUUAGACGUGUGUGAGUGAGAGGUCCAACCUGAAACGGCAGACACUAUCGCGUCUCGCGCGCGCGCGCGUAAUAGAGGAGAAAGAGGGCGAUCCGUCUGAUCUCACGGCAGUUAUACGAAAAAAUUCGCGCUCGGAGAGCGUAUGUUACGACAUCGGCGCGGUACAGUGUCUACUUUCAGUUUUAGCGAAAGGACGUCCGCGGUUUCUUUUUUUACGCGAGCAGGGGGAAAGCGACGCGCGGCGAGUUUUAACGAUUUUCGAAGCUACUAUCGGUUAAAAAAUGAAGGAAAAAAAUGCUUACUAGUGGGACUACAUUGAAGCUUAACUAUUCAGUAUUGUAAUGAUAUUGAGUAAGAAAAUGCAGUUUUUUGAACGACUUUUUUUAAGCCCAACUUUGGAGGCUAGCCACUUUGUUGAAAAUGUUGAUAAACGAUUGCAAAAAAAUUAAAGAGGAUAGUUUCGCGCACAGUCGGUUGCCGGACUCGGUAGAAUGCGCUUCAACUUCCUUUACGGCGACGCUCAGACCUACCUGUACGAGGUGUCGGCCGCCAGACGGAAUGUGCGCUUCGCAGUAAAUUACUUACCGCAACUGCGCAGUAACUUUCGCUCGCUGCAACGAAAUGUUACGGUAUAAUACACAUAGUCAUCCGAUAUCGCCUUCGACGACGGGCGUCUCCUUCGAGGCCGAAGGUGGCAUCAGAAACCCAGCCUGCCAGGAUGAGGACGCGACUGAUAGCAAGCCGUCGACGAGGCAGCACAGCGGACUGUCGGCGAGGAAGAUCGAGGAGCCGUGUAAAAUUCAUGAAAAGAGCGAGGAAUUCAAGGAAGCCAUGACCGUCUGCCGCACUCGCGUACCCUGGAGGUUCUCCUUCAACUUUUUCGUAACUCUGCUGGUCUCGGUGAUAAUGCUGUUCGGAGAACUGGGCCUGAUACCGGGCCAGAAGGUCGGCUUCUACUGCAACGACCCGAAAAUCUCCUUCAAGUUCAGCGGCGACUCGGUGCCGACGGUGGCCCUCAUGGUCACGACGAUCUUGGCACCUGCGCUGGUGAUCUGGGCGACGGAAUGGACGUGCUACAGCUCGGACAGCUACAAGAGCCUGGAGUGCGGGUCGAGCUCGAGGAGUAGGCAGUUCUGGCAGUGGUACGGCUACUACACGCUCGGCUGGUGGUACAUGCUCUUCAUCGUCGAGGUCACGAAGAUCGUUGUCAGCGAGCCUCGGCCCCACUUCAUCGACACCUGCAGGCCCAAGGAGAUCGCCAAUUGCACCGACGAGUACAGGAGGCUGUACACGUGCACCAACACCGAGCUGUCCUGGUUGUACGUCAACGACGCGGACAAGUCCUUCCCCUCCGGGCACUCGGCGCUCUCCAUGUUCACGGGCACCUUUUUAGUCUGGUACCUGCAGAACCGCAUGCCGAACAGCCUGGUCCUGCUCCUGGUGAAGCCCUGGCUGCAGUGUCUGGCCAUCCUCUGGGGCGCGGGCUGCUCGCUCUCGCGCAUCACCGACAACCGUCACCACUGGUGGGACGUGGCCGUGGGUGCCGUCCUCGGCGUCGGCUUCGCCGUCUUCGUCGCCAGGGUCAUGUGCAAGGGCUUCAAGGCCAAGCACGCGGGUAACUCGGUGCUGGACGGCUCGGCCCAUCCCAACGGAGGAGUCGGCUUCGUCAACGCCAACAAGAGACACCAGAGCAUCAAGAAGCUGCUGAGCAACAGCAGCAGCGCCGACGCGCCCGACGCCGGCAGAGAGCUGGGAGACAUGCCCGCUACCUGGACCGCGUGAUGUAGAUAGGGAGAGAAACGCGUGUGCCGGCGUGCUCUGGAGAUACUUAAAGCGUGGGCUGGGCUUUCCUGUAUUAUAUGCCUUGUUCAUUCUGCAAUGUACGAGUAUUGCUUUUGCAUUCGAUAGUUUUUAAGAGGGCGAGCGUACGGCGGCGCCUGUGCCUAGGCAACCGCCGCGCACAGCUGUGUAUGUUCUAGAGAAGGAGAGUUUUACCGAGGCACGAUUGUAUGACGACGGUAUAACACUGUAAAUAAAUCGGAGAGUUCGCGUGCCUUCGGUAUUUUCGAAAACUUUUCGUCGAUGGCUGUUGUACAAACGACCGAUUAACGCAUCUUCAUUUGCGCGCGCGCGCGCGCGUAUAGAAAAAGCAUAGUAUUUAUUGCCGCACGAGCAGCGAGCGACGAUCCUGCGAAUGUCAUUGCGAAGCUUUUAUAUAUCGCUUGCGCCGAGUUGAUUCGGAAAAGUGAAAAGUUUUAUUUUUAAACAAACUCGGAAAUUCAUUCGAAAUGUUUUACCAGCGCAAAUGAAGCGUACGCGCCAGAAUUUUAGAAUGUCUUUGUCAAAAUGCAAUUUAGCUUUAUCGACUGGAAAAUUAAUUUUUUAAAAUCACGAUCUAUCUCGGAACUUUCGAAAUGACAAUUGCGCAAGCGAGCGCAAGCGCACGUUGUAAAAUUCCGCAUUCGGUACAAUCAACGCAUGUCUUACAAAUGUAAAUAGAUAACGACAGGAGUACAUAUCCCUGAAAUCAAAAUUGACUAUUGGCAAGCUGUUCAAUCGUUAGUUCGUUAUGAUCGUUCUUUCCUCGGAGAACUUUUACUGUAAUAUAUAGUUAUUUAUUUUUAUAUCAAUAUACUUGGGUAUUCGAGCCGACAAUUUUAAAUUUGACCAAAUAUCAAUGUAGCCGCGUAAUUUGCAAAAUUAAGCGCCUUUAUUCCAAAAGCUCCGCAAUUUUUCGUUCAAACUCUGAUUCGAAGACAAUCGCGCGACGGCAAAGUCCAACUUUCAAAGUGUCAACUUACGUUUAUUCACUCAGUGCCUGUCUCGCGCGAGAGCACUUUAAAACGUCAUUUAGACUUUUCAGUUCGAGUCUUAAAACCAACAUUGAAAAGAAGUAGCGCGAAUGAGAGAGGAAGAAAAAAAAGCGCGGUAUAUCCUAGCGACCGCCGAACUAUCGACCGCCGCGCGCGCGCGCGCUCUUUAAGAGAAAAAUUCACGUUACAUUCCUUCAUCUUCCGUCCUUAUCAGGUGCGCGCGCGAGCGCGAAAGUUCGGAAGGGGAAAUUCGCGUCUCGUUCGAAAAAAAUUUGUAAAAUUCCAGCCGCGCACAUUUUUCCCCGGCAAAAAAAGGGCAGCGCUGCAACGUUGUUCGGGUCUUGAUUAAAGAGCCGCGUGCCGUAGCGUCGAAAGUCCGUCGCUCGCUUUUUUUUUUAUUUUUCAGCCCUCGCUGCGCUCUGGCCCAGCCUUACGCGUGUACAAUACGAGGGUAGAUUUGCGGAACAAUUUUCGUCUGGGCGAUUGAAUUUUUUUUUUCUUUUCUGCCUUUUCGAUGUAAUCAGGGCCGAAGUAUUACGAGCGUUUGUUGCUUUUAUAGUGUUUAGGGUUAUCUUGAAUUUGGGUUACACGCAUAAUUAUAUCGUAGAAGUACGUUACGUUAUAUAAGGAGAGUGGUAUUUUCCCUAUAUAGAGAUUAUUUUUAGUAUUCCGGAACGACUAUAUUUUUAAUAGAUGAAUCUACGUGAAUUUAUAUUAUAUAGGUAUUACUAUAUCGUUGAAUGAUGGAGAGUGCACUUGUACACACUCGUCGAAAAGAAGAUCUGUGAAUAAUUCUAAAGCCAAAAUCUUCCGAAAUAUCGGGACGAGCUCACUUGGGCGACUCCAUACACACCUGUACAUCGAAAAACGAUAGUUUAAUGAAUCCACGUGAACGUUCGCGUAUGGGAGAAAUAAAGAAUAUUUUUAACACACACGAUA